AUGGCACCGCUGAACGAAACGCCCGAAGAUGGGGACGGGACGCGCGAGCUGCUGACGGAUCCCCUCCCCGAGCCUCUCGCGUGGAGCGGCGAAUUCGCGGGCGGCCUCAUCGCGGACGUCAAACGCCGCGCGCCCCAUUACGUCAGCGACUGGACCGACGCCUUCCUCCCCGCCAACCGCGGCCGAUGCCUCUCCAGCGUCGCCUUCCUCUUCUUCGCGUGCCUCGCGCCCGCCAUCGCGUUCGGCGCGCUCUUCGCCGAGUACACGGGGAACGAGUUGGGAGCCACUGAGAUGAUAUUGUCGAGCGCGAUAUCGGGCGUGGCGUACGCGUUCCUGUCGGGGCAGCCGCUGUGCGUUCUCGGCGCCACCGGACCCGAGCUCGCGUACACCGUGGUGUUCUACAACAUGUGCCAAAAGUUCAACGUCGAGUUUCUGCCCGCGAGGGUGUGGCAAGGGCUGUGGACCGCGUUGUUCACCUGCAUGCUAUCCGCGUUUGACGCGUCGGCGCUGAUGAACCGAGUCACCCGCUUCACCGAGGAAAUCUUCGCCGCGCUGAUAUCCGUCAUAUUCAUCAUCGAGGCCCUGACCUCCGUCGUCAAGCUCUACACGGAACAUCCAGGCGACGACAACGACGGUACGUCUCGAAUGGCGAGCGCCUUCCUGGGCACGAUGCUGUGCUUCGGGACGUACGGAACGGCCAUGGCGCUCAGGUCCGUGAAGCGCGGCGGCAAGAUGUUCAACCGAUCGGUCAGGGACGCGAUGGGAGAUUACGGCGUCACCAUCGCCAUACUGGCGUUCACCGGCGUCGCCAUCGCGUUCAAGAGGUACGGCGACACGUCGGUGCCCACGCUCGCGAUCCCGUCCGAGUUUGCUCCCACGUGGAUCAACCCAAAGACGGGCGAGCCCCGCGCGUGGCUCGUCAGCCCGCUCGGAAUCAACGAGGACUUCCCGCCGUGGGCCAUCUUCGGCACCAUCGUCCCCGCGCUCGGUCUGACCUUCCUCGGGUACAUGGACCAAAACCUCACGUCCAUUCUCAUCAACCGCAAAGACCACGCGCUGCGCAAGCCGCCCGCGUAUCACCUCGAUUUAUUAGUGUGCGGCGCCGUCGUCUAUCCCGUUUGCGCUAUGCUCGGUUUGCCGUUUACUCACGCCGCCACGGUCCGCUCGAUGACGCACCUGGUUUCACUCACCGAGUACAAGGCCGUCCCGGUCGACGUCACGACGGGAGGUAAAUCGAUCGAGGAGUCCAAGGGGUUUGUCGCGGCGAGGCGCGCGCGGAGCCUGAGCAUGUGCGGCGAGCCCAGCGUCGCGGCGGCGAAGAAAACGGCCAAAGAAGGUUUCGAAGACGCAUCCGGGGACAAUUCUGGAAGCGUCGAGAUGAAGACCGUGGCGGUCGGCGUGUGCGAGCAGCGCGUCACGCAGCUCCUCAUCCACGCCCUCAUCGCGUGCUCCCUCGCCAUCUCCCCGGUCCUUCGCGUCGUCCCGAAGAGCGUGCUCUCCGGGGUGUUCCUGUACAUGGGAGUGACGUCCACCGCGGGCAACCAACUCUUCGAUCGCCUCCACCUCCUGCUGUUCGUGUGGUGCGAGGAGAACCGCCCGCGCGGCCUCCCGUUCAUGCGCCCGUCGCGAUGUGGCGCCGAGUUCCUGCCCGUGCGAAGGGUGCACGCGUUCACCUGCGUCCAGGUGGCGUUGAUGGGCGGGCUGUACGCGAUGACAAAGGUGGGCGCCGUAGCCGUCGCGUUUCCGUUUUUCAUCGGCGCGCUGGUGUUUGUCAGGGAGUGGGCGCUGCCUUCGAUGUUCACGAGCGACGAGCUCGACGCCCUGGACGCGUGA